CCGAGCGAGCGCGGACCGGAAGUUUCGCGGGUGCGCCCGCGGCGGGGCCGUUACCGCGGCGCGCCGGAAGUGGCCGUGGGCCGGCGUCCGGGCCGCGCCUGCAGUGAGCGAGCUGUCCUCCUGCCGGCGACGCCAUGGAGCCCGGGGCGGCCGAGCUGUACGACCAGGCCCUGCUGGGCAUCCUGCAGCACGUGGGCAACGUCCAGGACUUCCUGCGCGUGCUCUUCGGCUUCCUCUACCGCAAGACCGACUUCUACCGCCUGCUGCGCCACCCGUCCGACCGCAUGGGCUUCCCGCCGGGGGCCGCGCAGGCGCUGGUGCUACAGGUGUUCAGAACCUUUGACCACAUGGCCCGUCAGGACGAUGACAAGAGGAGGAAAGAGUUGGAGGAGAAGACGAGGCGGGAGGACGAGGCAGCUGCAGAGCAGGAGCUGGAGGCUGGCCCCACUGCGGACGCGGACACGGACCCCGCCGGCCCCGAGCAGGAGGAGGCGGAGCCACCGGGCGCAGACGCGGGCGCUGUGGAGGCCCCGAGGGAGCCCCCAGCCCGCCCCAAGGGACAGGAGCAGUUCCAGAGGAACCCCGACAGCUACAACGGUGCUGUGCGCGAGAACUACACCUGGUCGCAGGACUACACAGACCUGGAGCUCAAGGUGCCGGUGCCCGAGCACGUGGUGAAGGGCAGGCAGGUCUCAGUGGCCCUUGGCAGCAGCUCCAUCCGGGUGGCCGUGAUGGAGGAAAAUGGGGAGCGUGUCCUGAUGGAGGGGAAGUUCACCCACAAGGUCAACACCGAGGGCUCUGUCUGGAGCCUGGAGCCCGGGAAGUGCAUUCUGGUGAGCCUGAACAAGGCGGGGGAGUACUGGUGGAGCGCCGUGCUGGAGGGCGAGGAGCCCAUCGACAUCGACCAGAUCAACAAGGAGCGCUCCAUGGCCACCGUGGACGAGGAGGAACACGCCGUCCUGGACAGGCUCACCUUCGACUACCACCAGAAGCUGCAGGGCAAGCCGCAGAGCCACGAGCUGAAAGUCCAUGAGAUGCUGAAGAAGGGGUGGGACGCUGAAGGCUCUCCCUUCCGAGGCCAGCGGUUCGACCCGGCCAUGUUCAACAUCUCCCCGGGGGCCGUGCAGUUCUAGUGACGAGGAGAGGACGCCCUCGCCGUGCCCCUCCUGCUGGGACUCGCUGUCUGGUGGCCUUCCCUUCCCUUCUUUCAAGGGCGAGCGGCCUCCCCUGCCCGGUGUCUGCAGACUGUUCCAGAGCAGGGUGGGCCGCACGGGGUGCCCAGGACACCCGUCCCAGCAGGCGCAGCGGGGGCCUGCUGCCCAUCCGCCUGCCCGCCGUCAUGUGUGCGCUGCUUGCUGUUCUUGUGCUGGGCGGCGGGGGUGGGUAUGCACGGCGGGGCGACCCCUGGCGGUGGGGCCUCUCGGCCUGACCUUGCUGCGUGGUCACUGCAAUCUCACUCGUUGGUAAUGUCUAGUGUCAUGGACCAGCCGAAACCAAGGUCCUCAGUGGUUCUGGAUGUUGGGAGAAAGUCUUGUGGCCACAGGCACAGCAGGACCUCUGACCUCUGACCUGCAGCCCUGCCUCCGCCCCCAGCGCUUUCCUCUUCUCAGACCUGGUUGUUGUCAAAGUGAGCUGGGCUGGGUGCCCUCGGGAGACCACGUGCGCCGGCAGCCCCUGGGUCAUUCAUGGAGGAGCCCGACCACACCACGGCGCUCCCAGCUCUGCUCCCAGCUGGGGCCUGCAACCUGGGCACCCAUGUCCACAUGGCGCGGCCCGCUGGGCUGCAGAACGAGGAACCUGUAUGGCAGAUGGUCCUUCCAGAGGCUUCCACCUCCAGCUGCAUGGGUGGGCUGGCUCAUCAUUGUCACGUAGGCAGGCUGCUCGCCAGCUGGCUUCCCUGGGUCCCUGGAAAGCUUUUGGUCACUGUGAUGUCAUCAUGGGAGCAUGGACACCAGGUGGCUGGUGAGCGCGUCACGAGGGGCACGCGCCACGUCUAGUCAGGCGUCACCGAGCUGGUCCUGGGCCUUUCGGGGACCCCUGUCAGGGCCCCAGGCCUCAUGUGUGCAUCUGGUCUCCUUGUCCCGUCCCUUUGGGGGUCUCCCAGAGUGGCAAGGUGGGGUGCGGUGCCUGACCUCAGCGAUUUGGGAAAACUUCAAGAGCUGUGGACUCUGGUCAACCGUCUUUUUGCCCGAUUUUAUUUUAAGUGUCGUAUCUCUGCCUGCCCCGCCGGCUGUGACAGUGGCUCAAAGGUCUCUGGGAAUAGCCGGUGGUCUCGGUCACGCGCCUGAUGACGCUGCCCUGGGGUCUCACGGGCACCGUCUGCCGGUCGCUGCCGCUGCUUCUGCCCUGUUUUCUCUCUGCAGACGCAGCAGCAACAGAUUGGCCCCUGAGCUCCGCCCGAGGAUAGCGGGCGCCCGCCUGCGAAGCCGCCCGUCUGCGUGUGGGUUUGCAAUAAAUCUGUAUUUAAGCGC